AUGGGUAAUAGUUAUACCCACCUGGCAACAUGUGAACCAUCAGAAAUUUCGACAACAUCUGGUUUAACCUAUAGUAAAUCAACGAAAGCGACGAACAGCUUUGCAUCAUUCAAUCAAAUAUCAACACAUAAAAUGUAUAUCAUACGAAUAUGUUUAAGGGCAAGUACUCGAAGUUAUGUGAAGUAUCCAGUAAUGAGACCUGCUGUCCACAGUGAUGCAAUUGGGGCUUUAGCUUCAAUUCGACCUGGAAUGAUACUAAGUGGCGGACGUGAUAAAAUUAUUUCGUUAAACAAUAUAGACACCGGUGAAUGCGUACUGAAAUGGUUUGGUCAUGAAAAAGAAGUAACAAAGGUAAUAUUUUUGGAACAAAUUAAAUUAGCAAGUAGUAGAGCACCGAUUGCUGUAUAUAUUAUUUCAAGUGUCAUAGUUCAGUCACCACAGAAUAAUUGUCAUGUUAAGAUUGCAUAUGUGAAUGCCGGUGGGAAACAUCACAUAAUAAGUGGUUCAAGAGAUUCGCUAAUCAAAUUAUGGCAAUUCAACUCACCGAAAAGUUCGAAAAAUUAUUCGGGACACCAAAUGAGUGUCACAGGAAUCACUGUGCUUAAUGAAUCACGCUUCGUAUCAGGUGCAAGAGAUGCAAGUCUCAAAUUAUGGGAUAUUACCUCAGGCGAUAUAAUUCAAAGUGUACAGCAAUCAAGAAAUAUCGUAUGA